AAAACUUCUGAUCUUGGCGGUGGGUUUCUUAAUUUCGGACACAGGUAUAUAAAGCUCAUUCUGUUCUUAGAACGAUAUCAUUUCUCUUCAACUUCUCUAAACAGUGAUUUCAGUUUUUUCUGAGUGCUGGUGUCUGGUUUUUAUUCAUAGCAAGAUGAAGUUUUGCAUCAAGACCUUGUGUUUGGUCUUGAUGAUUGCUGUUUGCUUUGUCACAGCUGAACCAGAGCCAGAACCAUCAGAGCAUGAAGGCAAACAAGUUAUUGUUGUAAAAGAUAAGUCAGAACAUCAUCAUCAUCACCAUCACCAUCAUCAUCACACUCACGGACAUGAACACAAGCAUGGACAUGCACACAAGCAUGAUCAUAAGCAUGGACACAAGCAUGGACAUGACCACAAACAUGAACAUGGACAUAAACAUGAACACGGACAUAAACACGGCCAUUUGCACAAGCAUGAGCACGGACACAAACAUGGUCAUAAUCAUCAUCAUGGUCAUGAACACAAGCAUGGUCACCAUCAUCAUCAUGGACACGAGCACAAACACGGCCAUGAUCACAAGCACGGACAUGAACACAAGCAUGGUCAUCAUCAUAAACACGGUCAUGAGCAUAAACAUGGUCACGCACACAAGCACGAGCAUGGCCAUAAACAUGGUCACCAUCAUGCUCACAAACACGGACAUGAACAUGGUCACAAACACGGACACGAGCACGGUCACCACCAUGGACAUCAUCAUGCUCACAAACACGGACAUGAACAUGGUCACAAGCACGGACAUCAUCAUGGUCAUCACCAUGCCCACAAACACGGUCACGAACACGGUCAUAAGCACGGUCAUGAACACGGUCACAAGCACGGACACCACCAUGGACAUCACCAUGCCCACAAACAUGGACAUGAGCACGGACACAAGCACGGACAUCACCAUGGUCACCAUCAUGGACAUCAUCAUGGACAUGAGCACGGACACAAACACGGACAUGAACACGGACACAAGCACGGACACCACCAUGGUCACAAGCACGGACAUCAUCACGGACACCACCAUGGUCACAAACACGGUCACGAGCACGGACAUAAGCAUGGUCACCAACACGGACACCACCAUGGACACAAGCACUUACACCACAUUAGUCAUGGACACCAUGGUCAUGGUUUUGAUUUGGAAAGCUUUGAUCUCCAUUGAAUAUCCUAAGAAGAGGAAUGCAAACUUUCCUUUAAAUGUAAUGCGCCAAAUGUCUUUCAUUAUUUAAAGCCAAAGAACCUAUGUUUGAGAACAAAUGGUUCAAUCUUUGUCAAAAGUUAGAGAGAGUUUCAUAAAUAUAUGACAAAAGCACUUAAAUAUAAAAGCUGAGUGGUUUUGUAUAAAUGAAUACUCUGGGUACAAUUCUAGUUUUAGAAUGUAAUUUGUUUCCAGCAAAAGGAUUUUUCAGAGGUAGAUUUCAUUUAACUUAAAGAUUUAUUUCAUUAAAGCAGUCACGUGUUUUACGAAAAAAAAAUCCAUACACGAAAAAUAUACAAAUAUAAAAACUAUGAAUAUAAGAAAAAAUAAAGUGAUAAAAAUAUAAUUUUUUUCGAUUUUUUAAAUAAUUUACUAAAAAAACAAAGAAACCAAAAUCUUUCUUGUAAAAUGCAUAGUAUUUGUUUUCUUUUUUGUUUCCUUAUGAUGCUCAAAGGUAAUUGUGAUAGCUUUCGAUUUAUGCAUAUAUAUUCAUUAUAAACUGAGUUACGGUAUUCUGGAUGGCAGAUACAGCUUGCUUUGUUAUAUCAGUCAUUGUUAUUUAUUUAUUUAUUUAUCCAUGGUAGCAUGCGGGAAAAUGUGAUUUGUUUUAUUAUAGAAUGAAGUGGUGUGAAUAAAAAUUUUAAAUACAUA